AAAAAAUAUUAUGAAUAAUAAAGUUCGGAUAGGUAUUAUGUCAACAGCCGAGAUCGCACAUAAAGUGUGUUAGGCAAUAGAGAGUUCUGAAUUUGCUGAAGUAUAUUGUGUAGCUAGUAGAUCUCUAGAAAAAGCUACAUAAUGGGCAAAUGCACAUAAUAUAAAAAUAGCUUAUGGUUCAUAUGAUGAAUUAUUAAAUGAUCCAAAUGUUGAUGGUGUUUAUAUACCAUUACCAACUUCAUUAAAGAAAGAGUGGACAAUAAAGGCAGCUAAUAAGAAAAAACAUGUAUUAGUUGAAAAACCAUUACCUGGUGCUGACUCUUCGAAAUGCUUAGAAGAAAUGAUAAAAAGUUGUGAAGAUAAUGGAGUGUAAUUUUUAGAUGGAACAAUGUGGUUACAUUCUAUUAGAACAUAAGUUGUUAGAUAGAAAAUACAGGAAUUAGGAAAUGUAUCUAAAGUCACAGCUGGUUUGACUUUUAAAGCUCCUAAUGAAGAAUGGUUAUAAGGAGGGAAUGGAAGAACAAAUAAAAAUUAAGAACCUUAAGGUUGUUUAGGUGAUUAGGGAUGGUAUCCUAUUGGAGCAAUUCUUUUUGCAUUUAAUUAUGAAUUACCAAAAUUUGUUUAGUGUCUAUAAUUUAAAUUAAAUAAGGUUGAUACAAUAAUAGAAUUUUCUGGAUUCUUAGAAUUUUCAAAUGAAAGAUAUGCAUAUUUUGAUUGUGGAGUAACUUCUCCUCAUAGAUCUUUUGUAGAUAUAGUUUGUGAAAAUGGAUAAGUUAGAAUAGAUGAUUUAGUUGGAGGAUUUGGUAGAACAGGAAAUUUCAAUGCUUAUUUUGAAAAUUUUGUUGGAAGUGAUAGAUUCUUUGUUGAUGAUUUAUAAGGAAAAGAAGAAAUUAUUAAAGUAGAAGCUUGCAACCAUACAGUUAAAAUGAUUGAUACAUUUGCUAAUAUUAUUUAAUCAAAAAAGACUGAUCAUUCUUGGCAUCACAAAAGUUUCACCACUCAUACAGUUCUAGCAGCAUUGUUUAGAGCUACCUAAAGAGUUGGAGAAAAAGUAAUAGUCUAAUAAUGAUGAGACUUAAUAAAUAUAUAUUAAAUA